GGAAUCGGGUGAUUGAGCAGGUGGAGGAAAAGGAGGCGCUGUCGCCGUGGGUCUGCAGUGUUUGACCAGCCAAUCGCCGGUCAGCUGACUUUGCCACGUGGCACGGUGAUCCUAGUCGUCGUUCUUCGGCUUGGCCUCCCUCUCUGCCGGCGUGUGAUCGGUUUUCCGUCUGCUCUCGUUCGAUGGGAACCGAAAGAGCCACUGGUUCACUGCUACCAACGGUUCGUUUUCUCUCAGAAAACGCACUUCAAAUUGAUCCAUGGGGGAAGGAAGAAAGAGAGACAGAGAGAGAUGCGCCUGUGUCUUCAUGGUUUCGUGUUAAUCACCCCUCCUCUUAAACAACAGUAGUUCCCUGCUCCCCACGUUAUUUAUGUUUGCAAUAGUUUAGUCGUUUUUAAGCCAAAUUCACGUGCUUACCAGGGAGAAAGAGAAAGAGAAAGAGAAAGAGAGCAGAAGUUUUUUUUUGGGAUUAUUUUUUGUGAGGUCCUUUGAGUUUUCUCUUUCGUUUUUGUGUGGUUUUUUGAGUUGGGGGGGAAUAUUAAAAUCGUGAUUUCUUCGAGUAAACUUCUAGAGAACUACGUCAGCUACUCUCUCUCUCUCUCUCUCUUUUUUUUUUGCUAUUUCAAAUAAAUGGGUCUUCAUUUAUUGGUGUGGCUGUGAGAGAUCAAGGGAAGGAUGUAGGUGGGAAGAAAGGUGGUUGGAUUUUUGAUUUCUACUUGCGUCAAAAUCCAAACCUAACCCUUAGAAAUGCACCCCGUUUCGUGACUUCUUUUCGGUUCCGUCGUCACCGUUUCCUCUACUCAUGCUGAGAGAAGUCACGCCUACUCGAACAAUUCUCUGGUCAACGAAGCUCCCCAUGAAGCAGCCUCCUUUCUUUGACAAAGAAUUCCAUCAUACUGCAGCUUCCAUUUGGAGACCUACAUUGUCUGGGCGUCUUUGGUUUUUUGAUGUAGGUUUAUGGUUUUUGACAGAGACUGGUAGCUUUUCUUUCAAUGCUUGAAGAAAAGUCCGAGGGAGGUGAAGAAAUCUCCUUCCUUCUUGUUAUAAUUUUCUUUAGUUCGGAGGAGAAUGAAGAAAGGUUUCUGCUUCAGCAAGGUAUAUUGAGAUAGGACCAGCAGGCUUCCCUUCUGCUCCCCUUCUUUUCUGAAAGUGGGUGCUGUAAAUUUGAAGAGAUGGGUGGCGGGGGCGGCAGGAAAGGGGUGAAUUUUAGCAAGAUCUACACAUUUGCUUGCGGCAAGUCUUCUCUGAAGAACGACCAUUUAGAGAUUGGAGGGCCGGGCUACUCGAGAGUAGUCUUCUGUAAUGAUCCUGACCGUGCUGAAGCUGCUCUCAGAAAUUAUGCCUCCAAUUAUGUGUCUACGACAAAGUAUACAUUGCCUACUUUCAUACCCAAGUCAUUGUUUGAGCAAUUCAGGAGGGUGGCGAACAUUUACUUUCUUCUUUCUGCUUGUUUGUCGUUCGCUCCAUUUUCUCCUUAUAGUGCUGUUAGUUCUGUCUUGCCUCUGCUCUUUGUUAUUGGCGUCACCAUGCUCAAGGAAGCUGUGGAAGAUUGGAGGAGAUUCGAACAGGAUAUUGAAGUUAACAAUCGAAAGGUUAAAGUGCACCGCGGGGACGGAAAUUUCGAGUACACUGAGUGGAAAAAAUUGAAGGUUGGAGAUGUUGUGAAGGUGGAGAAGGAUGAUUUCUUUCCGGCUGAUCUCCUAUUGCUUUCAUCUAGUUACGAAGAUGCAAUAUGUUACGUGGAGACGACGAAUCUUGAUGGUGAGACGAAUUUGAAGUUGAAGCAAGCACUAGAGGUGACUUCUAGCUUGAACGGAGAAUCUAGUUUCACCCAAUUUAAGGCGGUGAUCAAGUGUGAAGACCCAAAUGCGAACCUCUAUUCCUUUGUAGGCAGCAUGUACUACGAAGACGAGCAGUACCCUCUGUCACCUCUGCAAAUUCUUCUUAGGGAUUCAAAGCUCCGUAACACUGAUUACAUCUAUGGUGUUGUCAUUUUCACCGGACAUGACACAAAGGUGAUUCAGAAUUCUACUGACCCACCUUCCAAAAGGAGCAAAGUUGAAAGGAAAAUGGAUAAAAUUGUUUAUUUUCUGUUUGCUAUGUUAGUUGUGAUAUCUGCUAUUGGCUCCAUCUUUUUUGGCGUCUGGACACAUGAGGACCUCAGGAACGGGAAGAUGAAGAGAUGGUACCUCAGACCAGAUAUAACCACGAUAUAUUAUGAUCCAAAAAGGGCAGCCGCAGCAGCUCUCUUCCAUUUCCUCACAGCCUUGAUGUUGUACAGCUACUUUAUCCCCAUAUCCCUCUAUGUGUCCAUUGAAAUUGUUAAAGUGCUUCAAAGCGUUUUCAUCAACCGCGACCAGAAAAUGUAUUAUGAGGAGUAUGACAAGCCUGCACAUGCUCGAACAUCAAAUUUGAAUGAGGAGCUUGGUCAAGUUGACACUGUACUCUCCGACAAGACGGGUACUCUGACAUGCAAUUCCAUGGAGUUCUUGAAGUGCUCUGUAGCUGGUGUAGCUUAUGGCCGUGGCAUAACAGAGGUUGAGAGAGCCAUGGCCAAAAGAAAAGGAUCACCCAUUACACAAGAGAUCUCAUCAUCGGAGACUGGAGAUGAUGACAGUAUGGAUACAAAAUCAUCGGUUAAAGGCUUCAAUUUUAGUGAUGAAAGGAUUAUGAAUGGCAGCUGGAUUAAUCAACCACAUCCGGACAUCCUUCAGAUGUUUUUUCGCGUACUAGCCAUAUGCCACACUGCCAUUCCUGAAUUUGAUGAAGGGACUGGCAAGGUUACUUAUGAAGCUGAAUCACCAGACGAGGCUGCUUUUGUGAUUGCAGCAAGAGAGAUAGGUUUUGAGUUUUUCAAAAGGACACAAACAAGUAUCUCAUUGCAUGAGUUGGAUCCCAUAUCUGGAAAUAAAGUUGAGAGGUCAUAUACGCUGUUGAAUGUUAUAGAAUUCAGCAGCUCUCGGAAGCGAAUGUCUGUAAUAGUUAAAAAUGAACAAAACCAGAUACUUCUUCUCUCCAAGGGUGCUGACAGUGUCAUGUUUGAAAGACUUGCAAAAAAGGGACAGGAUUUUGAGGAGAAAACAAGAGAGCACAUCAAUGAGUAUGCUGAUGCGGGUUUGAGGACUCUGGUGGUUGCAUAUCGUGAACUUGAUGAAGAAGAGUACAAGAACUUCAGUGAAGAACUUCUUCAAGCUAAGAAUUCGGUCAGUGCAGAUCGAGAUGAGAAAGUUGACGAAGUGGCUGAUAAAAUAGAGAGGGAUUUGAUUCUUCUUGGGGCAACUGCUGUGGAGGACAAAUUGCAGAAAGGGGUUCCUGAAUGCAUUGACAAGCUAGCUCAAGCAGGAAUCAAGAUAUGGGUUUUAACUGGAGACAAGAUGGAAACUGCAAUCAAUAUUGGCUUUGCAUGUAGCCUGCUGAGGGAAGGAAUGGAACAAAUAAUUAUCACUUUGGAUGCACCAGACAUAAUACAGUUGGAGAAACAGGGAGACAAGGAUGCAAUUGCUAAGGCGUCAAAGGAGAGUGUAGUCCAGCAGAUAAAUGCAGGGAAGUCUCAAUUAGUAUCUUUGGCAGAAAGUACAGAUGUAUUUGCAUUGAUAAUUGAUGGAAAGUCCUUGGCAUUUGCUCUCGAAGAAGACACCAAAGACAAAUUUCUAGAAAUGGCUAUAGGCUGCACAUCAGUUAUUUGCUGUCGUUCAUCCCCUAAACAGAAAGCACUUGUCACGAGGCUGGUCAAAGAAGGAACAGGGAAGACAACUUUAGCCAUUGGUGAUGGAGCUAAUGAUGUGGGUAUGCUCCAAGAAGCAGACAUUGGAGUUGGAAUCAGUGGUGUCGAAGGAAUGCAGGCAGUAAUGUCGAGUGAUGUAGCUAUUGCCCAGUUCCGUUUUCUAGAGCGAUUACUGCUGGUCCAUGGACAUUGGUGCUACAGGAGAAUCUCUUCAAUGAUAUGCUACUUCUUUUAUAAGAACAUCGUAUUUGGUUUCACACUUUUCCUGUAUGAGGCUUAUGCAUCAUUUUCGGGACAAACUCUCUAUGAUGACUGGUAUCUGUCAUUUUACAACGUCUUCUUCACGUCGCUUCCUGUUGUUGCCUUGGGUGUUUUUGAUCAAGAUGUUUCAGCACGGCUUUGUCUUCAGUUCCCACUCUUAUACCAAGAAGGGGUCCAAAAUGUUCUGUUCAGUUGGCUUCGGAUUCUCAGCUGGGCUCUAAACGGAACUUACAAUGCCAUAAUUGUCUUCUUUUUGGGAUCAAGCGCCUUUCGGUAUCAGGCCUUCCGAGAAGGUGGUGAAGUUGCCGGAAGGUAUAUCUUUGGCACGGCCAUGUACACAUGCGUAGUGUGGAUUGUAAACUGCCAAAUGGCACUUGCUGUGAGCUACUUCACAUGGAUACAGCAUUUGUUCAUAUGGGGAAGUAUAGUAAUAUGGUACCUUUUCCUUUUGGCCUAUGGCUCAAUGACACCAACGAUAUCUACUGGUGCAUACCAAAUAUUGGUGGAAGCUUGCGGCCCUGCACCUUCUUUCUGGCUCGUUACCUCCCUCAUAAUUGUCUCUGCUCUCAUUCCAUAUGUUGUAUAUUCAUCCAUUCAGAGGAAAUUCUUCCCCAUGUACCAUGAAACAAUCCAAAAGAUAAGAUUGGAAAGGACAUAUGAUGACCCAGAGUACUCUGAGUUGGUGAGAUCGAGCUCCUCCAAUCUGAACACUGUUGGUUUCACUGCAAGACGAGAGGCAAAAGCAAAUGGCAAGAAGAAAGUUCAGGAGAAGAAAUAAUCAUUGAACACCACGGCUGUUGUACGUAUUUUGUAAAUGACGGCAGACUCAGCGUCUGGGCUCUUCUGCUUCUGCAUGAUGCCACUAUUGGUCCUUGAAUAGAUGCUUCAGAACCGUCGUAGGUGGGGACGCAGAUGAAGAGAACAGGCCCAUUGGGUUCGGGAUGUUGUACAUUAGUAGAGAAUUUUUUUUGUCGCACCCUUUGAAUUGGGUUGCACCUUUUUUUAUGAAGUGGGCAUGGAGUAAAUCCCCACAAAUUGUAUUUUUUUUCUAUUCGAAAUCAAAUGUCAUAUUUUUACUGCAA